AUGGCCAGUCAUAGGGCCAGUUUUGAGAUUUUAGAUAGUUCCUUAGAGGAUCUUUCACUCUCAAGAUCGAUGACUACAAAUAGUGAAUCUAGUGAAACCGACAGCAAUGAUGAAAAGAGGUAUAGCGGGAGCAUUCAGAGCAAGACGGCUGGAAUGAAGAAGGAAUACUCAGCAGAUAUCGCUCCUCUUAAAUUCAAGAUGUCAAAACCUGUUUUAAAUGUAGUUGAUUUGAAUGGGCAUAACGAUCAUCUGGACAACUUCAAGUUUGACAAAGGAUCCUUUAGCGAACGAAAUUACCUUUCCGAUGGCGAAAGAACAUUGAAAAGCACGGUAUUUGAUACAAUCAAUCGCGAAGAGUUCGAAAAGUAUCUAAAAGAGCCAGCGUACAUUAAAUUCUUCAAAAAGAAGAGAAAUAUAAAACAAUUCAGAAGGCUUUUCCUUGCACAAGAGUUAAAAGUAGAUGCUGAUUAUAUCAAUUCAUCUACUGCGACGCUCAGUAGCCUCAAUGAAAGUAAUGGGAGAGCUGUAUGGGCGAUGAAAUUUAGCGCAGAUGGGCGAUACCUUGCGACUGGUGGAAAAGAUUGCGCAUUACGGAUCUGGAAAGUCAUUUCUUCUCCUAUGGAAAGAGGCGAGCUUAACAACACAGCAGCAAAGCCACAAGCGAAGCAAAUAUCUUUAAAGAAUGCUUCUUUACAGUAUGGCAGCAGAGAAGACCUUUCGAAAGUUGCCGACAAUUCGGAAGAGUAUCUUAAUCUUUAUGCCCCUGUUUUCCAUCCUUUUCCUUUCCGAUCUUACUUGGAACACAAACAGGAUAUUUUAGAUCUCGACUGGUCUAAAAAUAACUUCAUAAUCACUGCAUCUAUGGAUAAAACUGUUCGCCUUUGGCAUUACGAUAGGAAAACGUCUUUGAAAAGCUUCGCACAUCCCGACUUUGUUACUUGUGCAAAAUUUCAUCCGAACGAUGAUAGAUUUUUCAUCAGUGGGUGUCUAGAUCAUACAUGUAGAUUGUGGUCUAUUUUGGAUCACAAAGUCUCCUUUGAAUACUAUUGUGGAGACCUCAUCACAGCCGUCGAUAUUUCUCCCAAUGAUGGCAAGUACACGGUUGUGGGGACAUUCAAUGGCUUUGUAUUUGUAUUAUUAACGCGUGGCUUGGAGUUAGUAUAUUCCUUUCAUGUUUUGGAAAAAGUGUCUGGAAAUACUGCAACUCGGGCUACUGAGCAUGGACCAAAGAUUACAGGACUAGAGUUUUUUAAACCUCAAGAUAGUUCUGAAUUAAGAUUGAUGAUUACUUCUAACGAUUCAAGAAUACGCAUAUUUAGCAUAAAGGAUAGGAAACUCCUGGAGGUUUUGAGGGGAUUUGAGAAUGUUUCAUCCCAAAUUAGUGCUCAUCUCAUGUCAUUGCCGAAUGGCGUUCAGGUCGCUAUUGCGCCAAGUGAGAACCACUGGAUAUAUUGCUGGAAAUUGAUGUCUAGUGAUCCCAAACAAAAAGAAAAUAAGGAGGAAUUACCCAGCAACAGUUCGGUUAAAAGAUCAGGAUCUAUAAGAAGUCUGUUACGUCGUAGUCUGAGCAUCGGAAGCAAUCAUUCAGACGAAAGAAAGAGCAUGCAUGCACUGCACCAUCCGCAUCUCCAUCUUCCCCAUGCGCAUCACUGUCAUAAAACAGACCAACCCAUUAAGAAUAGCAGUUAUGUGGCGUUUCAUGCACAUCAUGUUAACGUCACUGCGGCUGUGGUUGCGUCGCCAGGGACUGCCAAAACAUUAGCUUUGUCAAACGAUUUCAUUUGCGAAUUAACGAUGGCAUUCAGUGAAACUGAUGAAGAUGUUGCAAUCAUGAGACCGGUUGAUAACAAGAAAUAUAGGCGUCGUAGUUUAAUAAGGGGGGUUUCAGACGAAAAUUCAGACGGCACCAUGCAUGGAACAUCGCCAUCCAUGAUCGAUUCUAUCGGCACGAUUCUGGUGUCUUGUGACGUAUCAGGAAUGAUAAGAGUAUUCAGAACGGAUCUUUCGACUAACGUGAGAAAGAAGGUCCUGCAUGCACUAGAAAGCGAGGAGUCGACACACAAAGCGAAUAUAGUGAUCGACUCCCACGAUCCAUGCCAUACGGUGAGUAUGCUGGGCAACGGCAUGCGCGCAGGACUUUCAAAAAGUAAGGCAUUCACCAGCUCCCCUUCUGUAAGGUCAUACAGAAGCCAAGUUUCGUCUGGUGACACAACAGCAGAAUCAUCCAACCAAAUAAAGUGUGACGUCUGCGGAAGUAAUAGUAUUCACAUAGCCAAACCGAAGGGAGUCCUGAGUACAGAAAGCCCAAACUACUACUGUUCUGAUUGUGGUAAUCAAAUAAAUAGGUUCAAGUAA